UUGCUUAGAAGGAACUUCCCUGACAUAUAAUGUAGCAGCUCACGAAAGAGCCUGUUUUUAUGCUUGGGCAGACAAACCAGGUGAAAAGAUUGCCUUUUAUUUUGCGGUACAGACUGGUGGUUCCUUUGAUAUAGAUUACGUCGUAACCGAUCCACGUGGUAAACAAGUAAUUAGUGGUGAACGAGAACGUCAGGGUGAUUUUGUUUUUACAGCCAACUUUGUGGGUGAAUAUUCUUUCUGUUUUGCAAAUGACAUGUCAACAUUUGCAGAAAAACUUGUAGAUUUUGAGAUUACCAUUGAAAAUGAACCACGAGCUGAAUUACCACCAUCAAAAGGAAUUACACCAGAUCAAACAAGUAGCAUGGAAGAAAGUGUUUUAAGGCUUAGUAGCAGUUUGAGCACAAUAUCCAGAACUCAAAAGUAUUUUAGGACGAGAGAAAAUAGAAAUUUCUCCACUGUUAAAAGUACCGAACAUAGAAUUUUAUGGUUUGCUUUAUUGGAGAGCAUGCUAAUUAUUGCAAUGGCCGCUGUACAAGUUUUUAUAGUGAAGACUUUCUUCAAUACUUCUAAGCGCG